AUGGAAUUCCUGACGGCAGAGGAGAUGCGCAUAGCCGUCACGGUAAUGCCUAUCAUUUACCCAUUCAACAGCGUCUACGAAACAGUCUACAAGGUUUAUCGAACAAUGGAAAACCUUCUUGACCUGUUCUCGCCGCAUCGCUACCCGUUGGGCAACAGCCCGCUAGCCGCCGAGCUCGAACACUUCGGUUUUCUCGUCGCACGCUACGUAAGGGACAUCCCGCCACUGAUCUCCAGCGUACUCCGCAUCUAUGAAUUCCUAUCCGAUACCAUUGUGGACAACGCCGAGCCCAUGCAAUCGAGACUGGACACACUGGAAGCGCUAUACCUUGCCGCCGUCGAGAAAUGCGACGCGGCGCUUAUCCAGUCUGCCCAGACUGUCGAAGCGCUGGCGGAUCUGAAGCAGCGCAUCACGCAUGAUCUCUCAUACCCGCGCACACUCCGAGGUCUGGCCGUCCACCUCCUCGGUCCCGACUGGUGCCACCGCGAGAUCGCGUUGCGCGAGGCGCCCGCCGUGCUAGAAGAGAUGCAAUGCUGGCUCCAACGCAACGACAAGGUCUUCCGCGAUGUACGCUUUCAUAUCGAUGACGGGCGGAAACGGUUCAGCGCCCUAGCGCUGGAGCGCCUGCUGAGCACCACGAUGGAGGCGCGGCAGCCGACGGCGCCUUUCUUGGCCAGGUAUCUUUUGUGUCUCAACGUGUGGCAAGUGAAGGUGGGACACGACGCGGACUUGCUGGAGGGCCUCAUCAGGCGGGGUAUCGAGAGCUCAAUUGCGGGUGAGCACUUAAUCAAACAAAAUGCCGAACAGUUGCUGAGUCGGCUGCAGGGAAAUAUUGAUUAUGUGUGCUCGCGAGGGCUCAUCGAGGGUUCGAUAUCAUUCAUGUGCGCUCUGUAUACCUGA